CGAAAAAAAAAAUUAUAGUGAAAAAUUCUAGCAUUAUCACCAUUGUUGGAGACUUGAUUCCUUAAAUCAAUAAUGUUGGGAAUAAUAUCAUCAUCCAAAUUCUUGGUUAGACCAAGUAUAAUAACCACUAUUCAAAAUGGAACAAGAUCAUUUACUACUUUAAAGAAAGAAUUACCAACUGUUUAUGAACCAUUACCAAAGAAGAGAACUGGGGAAAGUGUAUUAGCUUAUUUAUAUCAAAAAAUGUUGAAUAAAUAUGAUCCAUCUGGUAGAAGACGUAUAUUAUCUAAAACAUUAAGAGCAGGUGAUGUAAUUAGAGUUACUUACCUUGAUAGAACUGACGUUGUUGGAAGAAUUAUUGCUAUAAAGAGAGGUGAUAAUAAUGUAGGAUCCAAUAUACUUAUCAGAAAUAAACUUAAUAAAGUUGGUGUUGAACUUCGUAUUCCAUUAUAUAGUCCUAAACUUCGUAAUAUUGAAGUUAUUCAAAAACCUGAAGUAAGAUUAGCAAGAAACAAACAAUAUUAUAUUAGAAACACAAGAUUAGAUGUUCAAGAUGUUGAAUCUUCUAUGAAGCGUAAAGAAGCAAAGAAAAUUAAAGAAACAGAAAGGAAGGAUGAAAAGAAAAAGUUAAGAGAUCAAAAGGCAGCAAAACUUGCUAAAACAGCAGCAAAAAGAGAAGCUAAAAAUGCUGAACAUACUUCUAAUUCUCAUGUAGUUGAAGAAUUAUCAAAGAAAACCGAAUCUACUUAAGGGUAAAUUAACCAUUAUCUAAGUAGUCAUUACAUUAUCAUGUACAUAAAUUUCAUAAUAUACACUAUUAUACA